AUGGCGGGGCCUUCUCAGGAGAGUGAUACCUCUCGGUAUUGUUGCGGUGCUCUUUGCGAUCCUCGAAGCCGUGUCCAUCGUUAUGGCAUGCUGUUUUUCAUCUGUCUUACAUCUUUUGGCAGCUAUUACUGCUAUGACAAUCCUGCCGCUCUGCAGGAUGCUUUCUUAAUGGACCUGCAUCUCACUAUGACUCAGUUUAUGAAUCUCUAUGCCUUUUAUUCUUGGCCAAAUGUUUUUCUUAGUCUCGUUGGGGGUUUUUUUAUUGAUCGGGUCAUCGGUAUUCGCUGGGGAGCCAUCCUUUUCGCUUUCAUCAUCUUUGUUGGUCAGUGCCUGUUUGCUCUGGGAGCCUUUAUUUCCAGCGUCUAUUUGAUGUAUUUUUCUCGGCUUAUUUAUGGGAUUGGUGGUGAGUCCCUAUCCGUGGCGCAAAAUGCUUACGCCACCGCCUGGUACACCUCCAGUGAAUUAAAUUUUGUCUUUGGGCUUUCUAUCAGCAUGGCUCGCAUCGGUUCCACCAUUAAUAUGAAUACAAUGCGUCCACUUUACAAAGCUUUGGGCUCCGCUUUUAACUUGUCCGGCAGUAAACAAAUGAGUCUAACUUUAUUUGUCGCCUCGGUAACUUGUCUCUUCUCUUUGGGAUGCACAAUUUCACUGGCGUAUUUCUAUAAGCGAUAUUUGAAGGCUAAUUCUGCUGUCGCUGUUCAACAACGACGGUACCAGUCACCUUCGUAUAAUUCGAUUGAUGAAGCGCCGCAACCCUUGGAGACAGUUGCUCAGUCUUCCGAUCAAGAGGAAGGGAAUCAGAUUAAACUAAGGGAUAUUAUUCACUUUCCUGCACCAAUAUGGCUUAUCUGCAUCAUCUGCGUCGCCUACUAUGUGACCGUGUUUCCCUUCAUCAGUCUUGGGCUGGUUUUUUUCAAGCACAAGUAUGAACUUGAUGCCUCAGAAGCUGCAGCUGUGAACAGUUUGGUAUUUGUGGUGUCCGCAAUAGCCAGUCCAUUGGUCGGUGCGAUAGUGGCUUGGACCGGCUACAGUUUGAUUUGGGUUACUUCAGGUGUUGCAUCGUCCAUCGUCUGUCACGGCGUCUUUGCCUUCGCCUCCACAGUUCCUCCUCCAGCUUUGACCAUGUGUUGUCUGGGUGUGAGUUACUCCAUUCUUGCCAGCAGUCUCUGGCCUCUUGUCGGUGCUGUGUUGCCGCAAUACCAACGUGCAACCGCAUAUGGACUCAUCCAGUCUAUUCAAAACCUUGGCCUUGGACUUAUUUCUCUCCUGGUUGGGUACAUUGCCGACACCAAGGGCUACCUGGUAUUGGAACUUUUCUUCAUCCUCUGUGGAUCGGUUGCGCUUUUGGCGUCAAUGAUGCUGAUGUUGUGGGACCUUCGGAAUGGGCGCCGUCUGAACACUUCGUUUUCAAAGUGCCGACAAAAAACGAUUUCCAUCACUUCGGUGGAGGCGUCAUCAGUUCCCACGGAUACCACCCCGCUUCUGGGAUGA